UUGCAAGUCCGCCGGCUAUACAUCUUGCUUUUUCCCUCGAGUGUCCACAACUGCAAGAGAUACAGCCAGCAUGUCCCAAGUACCCCCACGAACCACCCCCACGCCGAUGCACGAGAUGCCUGCGCCUCCGACCGCAAGCUUGGAAACACCCGCCGAUUACAAAAAGACUUUCAGAGACAGGAAAAUCGUCAGCAAGUUUGCCGAUCCAUGUGAGGAAGCCAGAAAAGCCUCGCUCCUGUGUCUCGAAAAGACACACUACAAUCGUUCCGAAUGUCUCGACUUUUUCACCGCGUACAAGAACUGCAAGUCCAACUGGAUGGCUCAACGGAGAGAAGACAGGGUCAAGGGAAGAGAUUUCGAAUGAUACGGAGAAGGCUCUCCUGGACGCGGUCGCCCGACCGACGAGCGCUGUGCUCGGUGGCUAUGCUACUUGGACUGCGGUGUGUGUUGGAUACAUAGGAUGCAGCUGUACGUUAUGCUGUCGCUACCGAAGCACCGAGGGGCAGUGGUCGCGGGGAUACAUAGCUGCUCGUCGAUGAUGUUGAUUGAGGCAAUUUUCCUGAUGCGGCCAUUGCGACCGGCCGACGUCUUCCUCCAUUCAUUUUUCCGUCCUCAGCUGUCUUUUGCAUAUAUUCUACGCAACU